GCCACUACUAGUAAAAUCCUCUCAAGAUUUUCUCUCUCUUAGGGUUUUCUAUACUACUCUUUUGAGGCAGGACCAAGAAACAACAACAAGAAGAAGCAUUUACAGUAUCAUCAUAGUCUUAAACUAUACUACUACUACGACAACAAUAUGAAUGUGGUGGGAGAGGAUAGGAUUAGUAAACUGCCUGAUACAUUACUUCAUCAUAUACUCUCUUUUCUUCCAACCAAAUGUGCUGUUUCUACCAGCAUUUUGUGGAAAAGAUGGAAGGAUGUGUGGGUAUAUGUUCCUGUUCUCGAUUUUCUCUACUGGGAACCUCCUAGAAUCAUUUUUAAUAGAUACGAAGGUAAUGAUGAAGAAGCCAUUAUCUUGGAGACGAAUAACUUCAUGGAUUUUGUGGAUAGGAUAUUGCUUCUACGCAAUAUGGUAAAUAUAAACAACUUUUGUCUCAAUUGUGAAAGUGGGUUUUUCGAUCAUACGCGGGUGAAUGCAUGGAUCACUACGGCAAUCAAUUGUGGAGUCGAAGAGUUCAUUUUUUCUGGGUCCUACUCAUACCCAAGCAACGGAAGGAUGAUUCCUGAUUCCCUUUUCACUUCUGAAACAUUAACCAAGUUAGAUUUUCAGAUUCAAGAACAAGACAGGCUUGAUCUUCCAGAAUCAAUUUCUCUUCCAAGACUGAAGAUCCUCCGUCUUACGAAUAUUGUAUAUCAUGAUAAGAAAUUGGCAGGAAAACUCUUUUCUAGCUGCCCAGUACUUGAAGAAUUGUGUUUGGCCAAUGGUGGUUUGCAGAAUUUCUAUAGGAUACGUGUUUCCGCUCCUACAUUGAAGUCCUUCAGUCUAACUUGUUGUUUGAGAAGUAAUAUGGGAGAUGUCAUGCCUGUCAAGGUCAAGAUUAAUGCACCAAAUCUAACGUCCUUAACUUUAUCUAAUUGGCUACCAGAAGAUUUUUCUGUGCAUAGCUUCCCAUUGCUACAGGAUGCAGAAUUAUACUACAACUUUAGCGACAUAAAGACCAGAUUUAUUCCAUUAUCUAAUUUUAUAAUGAAGCUCUGCAAUGUAAAGGUCUUGAAACUAUCAGGGAUUUACUUUGAGGUUCUCAAGCUUGCGCAGGAUCUGUCUACAGGUUUCCCUACCUUUGUUUAUUUUCGUCAUAUUUAUCUGAACUUAAAACCUGGUUGUAGGUUGAAUCUUUUUUUUUCUUAUUCGUGUCACACCAUAGAAUAGGUUGCGAUGGUAGGCUUUUGAUUAUAUGGGAAUCAAACUGGAAGGCAACUGAAGCACUUUUGGCAAAGAAGUUGGAAUUUUUUGCGAAAGUAACUUUCAUAGUUUGUCUUGCUUGAGCUUCAGAAUUUUUAACUGCUUUUUUUUAACUGCUAUUGAAUAUCAGUUUAUUAGCAGAUAGUUUCCGACCUGGAGCUAUGUUUUUAAAACUUGACUUUGUUGAAUCCAAUGUUGUGGAGGUAAAUAAGUAAGUCUAUCAAAAAAAGAUAGACCAUCUUUUUAAAGUAAAUUGUCUCU